AAAAAUAGACAACAGGGGAGAAGGUGUAAACAACAACAAUAACAACAAACGAGGAGGAAAUGAUGUGAAGAGACAGGAGAAGUCCAGAACAAAAUGGAUGAUGGCAGAAAAGUAGAAGAAGUAGAAGAAGAAGAAGAAGAAGAGGAGGUGACCUGUCAGCCCCUACCCCCUCCUCCUCCCGCUGUUGCCGUAGAGACGAUGAUGUCACUGCGGAGGCAGGACCUGGUGUGCAUUGUGUGCUUCGGCAGUUAUGACCUGGUGACGCGGUUGCCGCGGCGACUGCACUGUGGCCACGCCUUCUGCCAGGCAUGUCUGAAGAGACUGGACACGGUCAUUAAUGAACAGGUGUGGAUCCCAUGUCCCCAGUGUCGACAGAACACGCCACGGCCCCGAGGAGGAGCAGCAGGUCUGGACCUGGACUUGGUGUCCUUCCUGGGAGUGAAGGCCCAGCAGACCUGCACCUCCUCCUGCUCCCUGUCCUCUUGGAGCUCCGGUCGCAGGCAGGGGGCGCCAGCUGUGGACGCCGCCCCAGAUGGGAAACUGUGGCUGGGGAAGGAGGUGACUGAUGACAGCUGGUCGCACGGGGGUCUGGCUGAGCCACGCUUUCACAGCUAUGGCAGCUGCUGCCCGCCACCGUCCUACUGGCUGUGCUGCUGGUUCUGCUGCCCAGGGCGGGGCUAGGACGGACCAA